CUCUCCACACUGCAAGUAGAUCUGAGGAUAAAGGACACAGGCUUGAGGCAGAACAAGGGCUAAGGUUUUGCAGCUGGUUUUGUGAGUCACUGUGCACUCUGAGCACCCGCCCACUGGAGGCAGCUUAGCUUGUGGGAACGGUUAGAUGCAGUCUAGGGACUGGGGCUUUCUCAGUGGCCUUGUCAGCUCACAGCAGAAGUGAACAGCCUUGAGUUGAGGAAAUUGUGGCUGGACAGGCGCAGAGGUAGUUCUGCUCCAUGUUCACGUUCUACUGACUAAGCUUCUGAGCCUAUUCACAUCUGAGCACCGAAGAAGAGAGGGGGUCACUGGGCCUGCUCCGUCUGGUGGGGAUGUUGGGGCAAGCCGUCCUCCUUGCCCUCUUCCUGUUCCUCAGCGGUCACCAGGGUUACGGCUGCUCGGAUUCUACUAAAAACAUCACCGGCAUCUCAGGAAAACUUCUCUGGCUGCAGCCUUCCAACAUACAGACAAAAAAUGUUACUGUUCGAUGGAUGAUGAUACAACCUGGCUCACCUGGGAAAAAAGAGAUCCUGACUUGGAAGAAUCAUGAACACCCAAACUCACCUAAGUUUUCUAAUGGUCUCAACAAUAUAUAUUAUUUUAACACCUCAGAUUUUACUCUUGGCAUCAAGUCAGCUAAGUUGAAAGACAGUGGUCUUUAUGAGCUGGAGAUCACCAAGUCUAGUGGAGCAGUUUGCACUAAGAAAUUCCAGAUUCUUAUACUUGAUCAUGUUGAGAAGCCUCACCUGCAGGGCCAGUGGGUCUGGGAAGAUGGGAUGUGUCAACUGUCUCUGUACUGCUCGGUGUCCGAGGAUGACAAUGUGAGCUAUGCUUUGUACAGAGGGAGCGAGCUGAUCUCGGAACUGAGGAACUUCACCUACCUGGAGAACGAGACUGACAGCAGCCUGCACACUUAUACCUGCAAUGUUAGCAACAAAGUCAGCUCGGCAAGCGACACUCUGAACUUCAGCCAGGGCUGUCAGAGUGUCCCUGAAAAAGUCACAUUUCUGCCCUUUGUGGUGAUCAUCGUUAUUCUAGUCAUACUGUUUCUCGGUGCUGUCACUUGCUUCUGCUUGUGGGAUAAGAAGAGAAAGCAGUCACAAUCUGGCCCCAAUGAAUCUUCAACAGUAUAUGAAUAUGUCAAUGACCCACAAGUCAGGGCGAAUCAAGUAGGGCAUUCUAGGACCUCAAGAUCUCCUUCAGCUGUCCAGGAAAGUGAAAGGGGACAAAGAGAACCAGACAGGUGUCUUUUCGAGGAGCAGAUGCCGGAGCAGAAACCCCCUGGAGAUGGAGGUACCAUCUACUCUAUGAUUCAGUACAAGCCUUCUGAUUCUGCAUCACAAGACAAAUAUACACUAUAUUCAGUAAUCCAGCCUUCCAAGAAGUCUGGAUCCAAGAAGAGGAAACAGAACCCUCCCUCAAAUUGCACUGUGUAUGAAGAGGUUGGAAAGCAAUGUCUCAAAGCCCGCACCCCUGCCCGACUGAGCCGCAGGGAGCUAGAGAACUUUGAUGUUUAUUCCUAGUUGUUACAAGUGUUUUCACCCUGUGUUAUGCAGCAGCAUUGACUUUGGAAGGGAGCACAGCAGAUGAUGGUGAUGCUGGAUGAAUCUAUGGAACAGCUCCCAGGUUGAGAGGACGUAAAAGUUUUUUCAUGGUUUAUAUUUUAUAUUUUAUUUUAUCUCAUUUUUUUUAGACAAGAUUUGACACAGCCCCCAAAGUCUGAAUUUGUUAAGUAGCCAAGGAUGACCUUAAACUUUUGAUCUUCUUGCCUAUACUUCCCAGAUUCUGGGAUUACAGAGCCAUGUACCACUAUAUAUGGCUUGAAAAUUUUUAACAGCCACUGUAAGAUCAAGGUUGUUAAAAAGCUCCCAAGCUUACAGACCAGACAAGAGCAGGUAGAGAGGUUGUGUUGGCCACACUCUGAGACGUUGUAAUCCAUACAAUGCUGGAUUGUAUGGGUAAAGGGGGAUUCCCUUCUUGUGGUUCUCUAAGUUGUUAUCCCCCCGACACCAUUAAUAUGGGAUGUCUGCAUUCUAGAGCCUCCCCCUGCCCACAAUGAGAGAUGGUGACUCAGAGGAAAAGGAGGCACAGUUCCUCUUUAAGGCUGUGCUGUCUGGCUGUGAGCUAGCUGUCAGUUCUCCUAGGGAAGCUGGUGUCUCUCGGCUUCACUCAAAUUCGGGGAACCCCUGAUCAUCCCACAUCAUUACUUCUGGUCAGUUGUUCGCAAGGGAGAGCGGGAAGAAGUGAGAGUAGAUGGCGCAAUUCAAGCAGGUCUCAGACAGAAGACUCACCCAGGGCAUAUGCCAUCCUGAUAAUAGGUGGUCAAGAUCAGUGUUGCCCACAGUGUGAUGGUUGCUUUACAAAGUCCUGUCACCAGAAAUUCAGAGUCCUGAGGAGUACUCUCUGUGAUAUGCCUGGAGGGAGGGCUCAGACCGUAGGUAUCCAAGUUCAGAGUGCUGAGAAGUGCUCCCCAUGAAAAACCCUGAAUGGAGGGCUCAAAUAACUAAAAGCGGAAGAUGGGGCAGUUGGUUACCACACACUCCGCUAUCCAUCUUCAGCCUAGCUCCUUCAGCAGUGCUGGGGGAGCAGGACUGAGGGGCUGGAUGAGUUCAGGAAAGUAGCAACUAUGAACUAAGAGAGGACUCACUCAGAAGCUCCAACAAGGGGCUCAACUCAGAGUUUAGUUUUUUUUCUCUUGCCUCUGCUGGAAUUAAAGACACAUACCUUCAUGCCUGGCUCAGAGACCUGUUCUUCAAUUGUUCUUCAAUUAUCAUGGGAGUUUGACAUGAAAAUUUGGUCUUACACAGAGGCAAUGUCAAUCCUUUGCCUGAAUUAAACUGAUGAACUUCUCUGUA